AUGGAUGUAGUGAUUUCAGCUGAUGAAUUUAUGAGUGUUAGGAAUGGGAAUCAAAGCACUUAUAAGAAACUAUGUCAAUCAUUCUUGAAAGUGAAAGAUCCGAUGAUUUAGUUGAAAGUGGGGUUGUGCAUUCUAAAAUCGCCACCUGAAGAAAGAAUGGAUUUCGAGUUGGCAGUAUUGGAAUAGGCAACGAAGGAGUUAGAUUUUUUUAAGAGUUUGCAUGACUAAAAGCUCCAUUAAAAGUGUUGUAAAAUGAUGAUUUAUAGACAUUAUAUGAAGAAUGACAUUGUAUUUAAGGAAGGUUUGCUUAUGCUUCAUAUUAAUAAGGUGAUUCAUCGAAUGAGUUCUUUAUAAUAAUAGAUGGGAGUGUUAAUGUGUAUGUGCGUAAGAAGCAGGAUAGAGUUUAAGCAGAACUAGAUCACGAACAAUAGUAAUUAAAGGUUCUCUCAGAGGAGGAAAUCGAACGCCAUCCAAGUACUAUAGUUAGAUACUACUAACCUCCAAGAUUACUUACAAGGAGGAUGACUAUAAAUUUGAGAGAAGAUGAUUUCGAACAGUAAUUUAGAGAUGUAACUUUAGGAUAUCGAAGUCAUACAAACCUAAGACUUUUAUUCAAACUGACAGGUAGGAUGUUAAACAUAAAGAUGUUGAAGUUAUCAAAAGGUUAACUCAUGGACUUGAGAAAUUGCAGGAUAAGGAGUUUCUAUUUAAUGGAGGUGUUUUCUUGCAUGAAUUUGUUGCUCGCAUCAAUGAGGGAUAGAUGUUUGGAGAGAGAGGAUUGCUGAUAGAAUCAACAAGAACUGGUACUGUGAUUGCCAAUACAUCUUUGCAUGUGGCCGUUUUAACUAGAAAAGAUUAUAAAGUCCUAUUGGAAGAUACUUAAUUGGGUAAUGCUUGCCAUAAAUAAAAGAAAAAAUAAGAAAGAAGACCAAAUUAUUGAGCAACUCUAUUUUGAAAAAUCUUACAUACAAGGAGGCUAUCGAGACUCAAUACAAAUUUGAAAAGAUCCAUUUUCCACUUGGCCAUUAUAUAUAUAAAAUAGGAGAUAGUCCAUAACAAUUAAUAGUAAUCAAGAAAGGCACAGUGAGAUUAUUUAAGAAGGAGAAUAACAAAUUGUUUCCCUUGUGCGAAUUAGGUCAAGAUCAAUACUUUGGAGAAUUGGAAUAUUUCGAAUAAAGUGAUCGUAUCCAUACAGCCUAAGUAACAUCUCAGCAUUUCUCUGCAUAUUCCAUCACUUACAAAGAUUUAGCCAAGUUGUUGACAUCUUAUCCUUAAUGCGAAAAACAAUUGAAACGAAAUUAUGAAUUGAGACAUAAAAUAAAUGAUGAAAGAAUGAGCAAGACAAUCAAGACACAUAAGAGACUCAAUUAUUCUGAACAAUUCAAUCAGAAACCAUCAAAUCUCUCUCAACCUAUCUUUGAGAUCAAAUCACAAUUCAAUUGUGUAUAGUAAACAUAGGAAUCUUAAAAGAGUCACUUGAUUAAUUAAGCUAAAAAACAGAUUUGCUAGAUGGAAUUCAUUAAGAACACUUCGCAACAAUUAAAGUAAAUAAGAAGAAUCUAGAGGAAGGAAUAAAAGAAGUAUUUGAUAUACUUAAUUUAGAGAUCAGUAGGAACAUGAGAGAAGUCUUGCGGAUACAUUAAAUCAUCUAGAAGUUUAAUCAUCUUUAAUCAGAAGAGAAUUCAGACGGAGAGAGUAGAGACGAUUCAGCAGUCUCUUAUUGGACAAGGAUACAAAUUACAAUGCUUCUUAAUUCAAUAGUCAUCAGAACUCCAAAACCUCCAAUAAGAAUUAGAAUUACGAAAGACAAAGUAGUCUGUCUUAAUAAUUUAAAUUUCCCAACUUUAUAGACUUCAAUUCAAAACUAUAGUCAUAUGAGAUUAUUGAGGAUAAACAAAAGGAUUUGCUCAGUCCUCAGAAGGAAUUUCUCUCUCCCAUUAGUCAAGGUGUUAUGAUUUCGUCGAAACACAAUCUAUUUAGGAAUAAACCCAAUAGACUUUGCUUGAUGAACAAAUAUGAAAAACGACAGCCAAAAUCUCACAGUACUGAAUUAUCUAUAAAAACUUUUUUUAAUUGA